AAACCCCGCAUGUAAACUAACAUACAUCACCCGAAGCAUAUUUUUGGCCUUGAGCCAGAGGCACAGCUCAUAACAAGGCAUCCGUACACAUGUGAAACCCAUUGUUCACGUCGACCUAAACGUUUCAUUGCCAAGUUCGUUCACUGCUUUACACGCGAAAAGAUUAUAUUUCGAUCUAUAAUCCACCCCCUCCCAUUUGACCCAACUAAGAUAAGGUUUCGGAAACGUACGUACAAAUACGGCCGAACACGAAUGAACAAGACGAGCAUUAUAAUCACCACUCUGUGUGUUUGUGUAUGGAAAGGCUUCUUUCUAUCGGCAUUCGGUGUGCCGUGGCGCGGUAGCACAAAAAACAUUACAAUCCGAGCACGUGUAGCAUGAGGUUUCGCGUUUGGUCAUACUUGUCGUUCAUAUAGUCAGCCGUUGGGUAGAGGUAGAAGCAGGCCACAUCAUCGCAGCAAUAAGCUCCAUGUCAUGAACAGUUGAAAGAAUAAAGCAGUGCGAACAACAUGUUGCUGUGUGUCGUAAUAGGAGUGACUGUGGCGGUUCUAAUCUACAAACUGGCCAGGCUUAUCAUCGAAGGCGGUCAAUUUCGAAAGAAUACUCGCUGUGAUGGAAAAGUAAUUCUCAUAACGGGUGCUAACACCGGGAUCGGUAAAGAAACGGCCCGAGAAUUGCUGAAGCGAGGCGGAAAGGUGUACAUCGCUUGCAGAUCGCUGGAGCGUGCUAACGAGGCUCGAAAUGAUAUUGUUGCACAAACAGGUUUGAGUGACCUUCACGUGCGCAAACUGGAUCUUGCGUCGAUGGAAUCGAUCCGGAACUUUGUAAAGAGGUUUCUGGAAGAAGAAAAACGAUUAGAUCUUCUGAUCAAUAAUGCGGGCGUAAUGGCAUGCCCAAAGUCACUCACUAAAGACGGUUUCGAACAACAAAUUGGAGUGAACCAUCUUGGACAUUUUCUGCUCACGAAUUUACUAAUCGAUCGACUAAAGGCAGCAGCGCCCAGCCGAAUUAUCAAUUUGUCCAGCCUUGCGCACAAGUACGGCAAGAUCAAUCGGAAGGAUUUGAACAGUGAGCAUUCGUACAACCAAGUGACUGCCUAUUGCCAAAGCAAACUAGCCAAUGUGCUGUUUACUCGUGAACUGGCCAAACGGCUUCGAGGUAUGGGCGUAAACGCGUACGCAGUUCAUCCCGGAACUGUCGACACGGAUCUUCCCCGUCACAUGGGUUCCCUAUUUUUCCUAUUUGAUCACAAACUGGUGAAACCGCUACUACAGGUGGCUUUUAAAACGCCACUUUCUGGGGCUCAGACCACGCUCUAUACAGCACUGGAUGAGGAUUUACAAGAGGAAAGCGGCAAGUACUAUGCCGACUGUCGAGAGCAAAAACUAAGCGAGUACGCACGGAACGACGAAUUGGCUGCAUGGCUUUGGGAGGAAAGCGCACGAAUGACCUGUCUAAGCGGAGAUUAAAUCACGAAUAGCAUGUGAAAACCCAUUUUUGGUAGAUAUGAUUCACGGGUAUGUUUCUCUGUCGCUCUCUCUAUCUUUCUUUUUGUUAACCGAACGCAUCGUAGGUGCGCAAUAAACACUGCUUCGUU